GUAGGCUGUAGUCUACAUAAGAUCUCUCUCUGUGGGGCUGCACACACUCACUGUCGACUGGAGAUCACAGGUACCACCUGGAGCUUUGACCUGCGUGAGGAAAACAUUAAAUCCGGGAUAGUCUGUCUCCAGAUAACCCUCCUCUUGUGACUGAGUGCCUCGGAUCCACGGAUGCAGAGAGAAGCAGCAGCAGCGAUGCGGCGGCUCUGCUGUUAACUCGUUGGACCACCCCUCUUGUUUUUUUUUUUGCCGGUUCUUUUCUGAAGGAGGCAGUUAUUUAAUUCACAAUGAAGCUCAAGCCGAACCAGACCAGGACAUACGACGGAGAUGGCUUCAAGAAGAGAGCGGCGUGUCUGUGCUUCAAGAAUGAACGUGAGGAGGAGGUUCUGCUGGUCAGCAGCAGUCGGCACCCGGACCAGUGGAUCGUCCCCGGAGGAGGGAUGGAGCCGGAGGAGGAGCCGUGUGGCGCCGCCGUGCGAGAGGUGUUCGAGGAGGCCGGUGUGAAGGGCAAGCUGGGACGCCUGCUCGGUGUAUUUGAGCAAAACCAGGACCGAAAGCACCGGACGUACGUGUAUGUGUUGACUGUCACAGAAACACUGGAGGCCUGGGAGGACUCUGUCAACAUAGGCCGUAAGCGGGAGUGGUUCACCGUGGACGAGGCCAUCAAAGUCCUGCAGAGCCACAAACCCGUACACGCUGAGUACCUACGGAGGCUCCAGCUCAGCUGCUCCCCCACCAAUGGAAACUCCAUCCUCCCAAGCCCGCCGCCAAACGACAACUACCCGCACUACAGCGCGACCGCCACCGCGCCGUCGACGGGCAGCGUGCUGGGCUCCUCCUGCAGAUAGGACUGCAUCUCAGCCGCCUGUCCUGUGACAGAUCACUGAAAGUCUGUACAGUCUCUUGCAUGAAUCUAAAGACUUUACAGAGCUGCGGCUCUCUUGUAUGUAUCAUUUCUAAUCUUAGCUGCAGGACAGACCAAAGCCAUUGCCAGGACUGUGUUAAAGACUGAGCAGGAGACGCUCACAUCUCGGACAGACACUUUUUGUUUUGCUGGCAAACAGCAGACUGGUGAGCUGAAGUUUGGGAAGAGGAAGCUGCAGACUCUGCUGGCGUGAAGGAAUGCCUUACAGAAACUUUGUAUGAAUGUUGUAUUUGGGUUGUUUUAUUUCACUAAUGAUCAUUUUUACUUUCUUUUAGCAGAAUGAAUAUGCUGUCUAGUCAAUAAAAUGGUUAUUGACCCCAAAGCACAUCAAUGUGGGGAAUGUUUCCAGACUACAGUCAUCAAACCAUGAUGAUAUCAGCAAAUGUAUUAAACUAGAUGGAUGUUAAUUUAAAAAGAAGACACCCAAGCAUUAAUAUGUUUCAAGACUCCACUCUGUUUUAUUUUAAUUUCCCAAAUAAGUGGGAUGUUCUUCAUAUAAUUCUUGUUAUUGUUUUAAAGAUAAAGUUGAUUGAACUAAAUUGGUAUAUCCCGGUAUUUAAAAUUAAAGUAACUAAAGUAAAGCUAUUGGAGUAUGUAACUGUUAAUAUGAAAAAUAUAAUGAGAGUUGCUGCGUUAAAAGUUGAUAAAAGUGAGUUUCUACCUCAGUAAACUGAAAACUGGAUCAUUGUGUGACGCAGUGUUUGUAGUUAAACUUCAGCUAAUGCCUGCAAAGUUACGAGUCGGUUAGCCUUGACUCAUCCAACAAACGUUUCAGUUUAAAGCCACAAACCUUUUUUUUUUUUUUUUUUAAUCGAUGCUUUGCGUUUCCCAGUGAAAGUAUUUAAAGGUGCAAAGUUCGUCUUUGCCUUAGUGUGUUACUGUACGCUGCCCGGCUCACCUGAGUUUUUCCACUUCCGUUAAUUUAAAAAGUGGAUUUGUGUAAUUUACACUGAAUGAAAAAUGAUAGUGAUUGUCUGCUCUCUUCUUGAAGCUGCAGUGGUUUUAUCACGUCACAUGGUGCUGCAAGGAAAUCUGGUAAAACUGUUCACUAAUGACAUCGUUUUCACGCACGGUAUGAUUGUUUACUCGCAAGUAACUACGACUGCCUGCGUCCAGGGCUGCAACUAAUGCAACAAAUUAAUCUGCCACUUACUGUAGUCUUUGAUUAAUCUAAUAACGUGCUCGAUUAUUGCUCUACUUGCAUCCCACUCAGAAGAGUUUGAUUUAAAAAAAUAAAUAAAGUGCAGUGCAGUUUAAUAUAUAAUAUUUUUUGCUGCAAAACUGACCCCAAAAAAUUUUAAAUCCAUUUUUAAAAAAGAAAACCGAUACUCCGAGCAAAGCGGCUCACGGUUGCUGCUGAAUAUCACAUUUCAGAUGUAUAUUUUUCUGCUUCUUCCUCACUGACAACUCCCUCCUGCUUCGACAGCUGAAUGACGACUAGUAACCACACAGAGAUUUGUAAAUAGCUUUGAGGAGAACCAUUGAAAAUGUGUUUUUAACCUGAGUGAACCUGUAAAUUUUUCUCUUUAAUAUUUUAUAUAUUUUUUAACAAUGUACAAAUGGCGAGAAAAAAAAAAACCGAGACAUGUAGAAAAAAAAAAAACCUCCACCGAGUAUGUACAGUACAGGAUGUUUGUAUCACUUCUGACAAUGUGCCACAGGUUUAAGAUGACGUGAGGAAUGAUACCAAACACCGCGAGUGGAAGAGAAAUCCACGCUGUUGUCCAGAAAGGAUCGAGAGAUACAUUUCAGAGCGAGGUGUCCUGGGAAAUGUAGUCUGAUUAAAAUGACUGACAGCACAGAAUGGACUAGGGUAGCGCAUGGUAACCUGAAACCUCACACCGAAGAGUUUAGAGAAAUGGGUAAACUUGUGUUUGUUUGGGCCAACCAGCCACACAAACACCGAGAGACAUGACUGAGCAAAUUUUAGUUUUAUUUUUUAAAUACAGAUAUAUAACCUUUUGGAAAAAUUUUGGAUCAGAGGAAUGUUUUAAAGAUUUGGAAAUGAAGAAAAUGUAGUUUUAAUUUCUUAUACGCUGGAGGAAAUGUUAAGUUUAACAGUUUUAUAAAACGAGCAAAACAGACUCUUUCAUGCUUCAAAACUUUGGUUUCCCCUUACCUUCCCUAUCGACGCUGCUCUCUCACGAAACCUUAUCUGCGGUAUCACCGACUCUGAAACACCAGUUCAGCUAUCAUAAACUUUCGGCCUUGUUUCACAGGUAUUUGUGUGUGUGUGUGUGUGUGUGAAUACAGGAAAUGAACGUAAAAGACGAUGUGCCAAAUUAAACAUUUCUUUGUCUUCUGAUGGAAAAAAAUUCUUGACAUUUUACAGAUCUGUAAUUUUUGUGAGAAAAAAAACACAACGAUCCUAAACAUUGUUUGAUUAAGUCUGUGUAUUUCUAAAUAUAAUCAUUUAUAAUGUGAAAAAGUGUGUUUUUAGACAUUGACUGCAUCCUCCAUGGUUCAGAUUAUGACUACGCUGUUAUUCUUUGCCCCACACUGAUUUGAAAUCCACUUGUCACGUAGUAGAGCAUAAAAAAACUAACUCAGACGACAUAAAUUGAACAUAAACUGAACUGAUUUCUGCUGUUUUGCGGCUCGGUUCCCCCCUGAAACACCUUCUUUCUCCAUUUGCUGAAAUGCUGUUUGAUGCUCGGGGUCUUUGCUGAUCUGCGUUUUUUCUGUCCGGAGCAUUUUCAAACUGAAGAUUUGUCACCGUUUAUUAUAUUCUUAUGCACAGCAAAAUGUGAAAGUGAUUUAAAGAAUUGGACUGGAAAGAUUGUUUUUGGAGAAAAGAUUGAAUUAAAGGGGAAAAAUCUGAAAA